GUAUUGUGCAUGGGUGGGGAGGGGAGAGAUGUGGAGCAGAGCAGCCGAAAGCAUCCUUAUUCACCUACUGUAGUGCCUGCUCUGCCUCUCCUAGGGAAGAAAUUAACCUAUUCCAGUCUCACUGCAGACACCACCCAGUUAACCCUGCUCUCCUCCCUCUCCUCCAGCUUGCACUAAGCAUCCUUCAUCCAGAGCACACACACAGGACCAAGUCCAGAGGAGACCGGCUACACAGAGAGGGAAUUUGGCUGCUCUUUUCCCUGGUCUUGUCUCCUGGUCCUUCCCCGAGCAUCAUGUCUGCAGGGGGAGAUUUUGGAAACCCACUGAGGAAAUUCAAGCUGGUCUUCCUAGGAGAACAGAGCGUUGGGAAGACGUCUCUUAUCACAAGAUUUAUGUAUGACAGUUUCGACAACACAUAUCAGGCUACAAUUGGAAUAGACUUUCUGUCAAAGACAAUGUACUUAGAAGACCGAACAGUCAGGCUGCAACUCUGGGACACCGCUGGUCAAGAGAGGUUCCGUAGCCUCAUCCCAAGCUACAUCCGAGACUCUACUGUGGCUGUGGUAGUUUAUGACAUCACAAAUCUGAAUUCCUUCCAUCAAACAUCCAAAUGGAUUGACGAUGUGAGAACAGAAAGAGGAAGUGAUGUCAUAAUAAUGCUUGUUGGAAAUAAAACAGAUCUGGCAGAUAAAAGGCAGAUCACCAUAGAAGAAGGGGAGCAACGGGCAAAGGAGCUCAAUGUCAUGUUUAUUGAAACUAGUGCCAAAACAGGAUACAAUGUUAAACAGCUAUUUCGCCGAGUGGCUUCUGCCCUGCCUGGGAUGGAGUGUACAGAGGAGAAGAGCAAGGAUGGCAUGAUUGACAUUAAACUUGAUAAACCUCAAGAACCGCAAGUAACUGAUGCUGGGUGCUCCUGCUAAUACGCAGCGCAUGACAGGUGAGCUGCCAGAGGCCGUGUGCUUAGCCCCGAGAUGCUUCCUAUUGGUUAGCCUGGAAAAACAAACAUUUGGAAACCACAUCCAGAGAAUGUCAAGAUCCUCCACUGCUCCUGACUUCUCCCACCUCCCUGGAAACCUUGUUUGCUUUUUUGUCUUUUUUUUUGCCUUUUGGCUCUUGUGUUGGUCUUGAAUCUUCUACUCUCUCUUCUACCAGAGUCCUUCCAUAAUUGUUACUCAUUGCACUUUUAUUCCACAUUGUCUCUUCUUUCUGUCCCUCUUGUGCUCACAUCCCCUGGUCCUUAUAUAUGCACCUUGUUAUAAACAAAUACAUGUACAGAAUCACUCCCUUACUACCAAGUGUCUAGACGUAGAUAGUACUUGUACACCGAGUGAUUUAUUCUAUGCCAACUGGCGAAAGCCAAGAGUACUCCAAAUGGAUUUGAUUUAAAUAUGCACAUGUAAAUCCCUUCAUUCACCAAGCUUACUCUAACUUCAUUUUUACAAUUUUAGAUCAAAUAUAAUUUCUCUUCCCUGUGAUAACAAAUACCUCCCUACACAUACAACCUAGCCCCCCCCCCC